AAAACGAGUAGGACACAGAGGGAGUCGACAAGUAGAGUAAGAAACAAGGGGGAAUAUGAAUAUCUCUCCUGAGCUUUCACAACUGCCCUCCAUCUCAUUCAACUUCAUCUAUUUAUACUUGCAUACAAAUUAAACACACCAACUCUCUCUUCGAUUGCUGUUUCUCCGAUUCGAUAUCAGGACUCUGAAGAGCGCGGGGAAUCUUUAAUAUUUGCUGUAUCUGAUUUCCAGGGUGUCUACUAGCAGAAGUGGCAUUCCGGUCCGAGUGGUUGACUGUUAGCAUAAGGUCAAGCCUUCUCUAUUGUGUAGUCUGUAGUAUAUAAGUUUUCUGCUCGAGGCUACGCUCUCUAGCUUGAACGUCUUAGAAGUGUGCUUUCCUGUAUUGCGUGCAUAUCAUUCUCGUAGUAUUAUGACUUUGACAUUUCCCUCCACUAAAAUGUCCUGAAGAAGUGGGAAACCAGUACUUUUGUAAUGGAAGAUUCAAAGAACUACAGUCAUAUUCCGCGUAGUAACAUUGAACCUGAGAAUGUACAAUUUGGACAUACAUCUCAGGGAUACAUGAUGGAUCCAAUGGGUCGUAUAAAUUCUAGCGUGAGGCCAUCAGAGCUAAAUUUUGCAGAAGCUAAACCUGUACAUAAUUACUCUAUACAGACAGGUGAGGAGUUUGCUCUUGAAUUCAUGCGUGAUCGGGUGAAUCCAAAAAAGCCAUUUAUUCCAUUUGCUGCUGGCGAUCCUAGUGUCGCAACAGGUUACUUAGACCUGAAAGGCAUAUUAGGAAUCAGUCAUAACGGGUCAGAAAGUGGAUCAGAUAUCUCUUUGCUUGCCGUUGUAGGGAAGGAGCCAAAAGAGUUUGAGAGAAAUAACUCUUCUUUGUACGAAGAGAAAAGUACUUAUGGGUCUGUAGCAUCAGCACCAUGUGAUUCAUUAGGGUAUAACGGAAAUCAAACUGUAAUACCUGAGUAUUCCUCUUCCAGAGUAUCUGAUGGCUCCACAAGGAAAAUUAAAAUCCUGUGCAGCUUUGGUGGUAAAAUAUUACCUCGGCCCAGGGAUGGAAAGCUCAGAUAUGUUGGAGGAGAAACGCGUAUUAUCAGACUGAGGAAGGACAUUUCGUGGGAGGAAAUAUGGCAAAAAGCCACAGCAAUCUAUAUUUAUACUCAUUUAAUCAAGUAUCAGCUUCCAGGGGAAGAGCUCGAUGCUUUAGUUUCUGUAUCUUCUGACGAGGACUUACAGAAUAUGAUGGAGGAGUGCAGUGUACUAGGAGAUGGAGAAGGAUCAAAGAAGCUGAGGAUGUUUUUGUUUUCUGUAAAUGAUCUAGAUGAUGCUAAUAUUGGUUUGGCCAGUACUGGCGGUGAUUCUGAAGUCCAGUAUGUGGUUGCUGUCAACGGAAUGGAUAUAGGACUAAGAAAUGAGUCAACUCUGCAUGGACUAGCUAGCUCUUUAGCAACUAACUUGGAUGAGCUAAAUGUGCAGAAUGUUUCCAGAGACACAAAUAAAGUUGCAAGCGUUGCUGCUGAAUCAUCAAUAAAUCAAUAUUCACAGCCAAUUCUUUCCAAGCCCUCCAUCACUUAUGGAAAUGAGUCACAAUCUCAUCCUCAUCAAGGUGAGAUGCAUCACGAAGAAGUUGAGAAGGGCUUGCAUUCCGUCUCCGAACCCCAAUCUUCUACUUAUACACCUGUUGUAGAUGGUACUCGUCCAUUGCCUUCUCCUUUACUGGUGACCCGAGAAGGAAGUUUGUCAGAGGAUCACCCAUCUGGUGCUUUAGUAGGCUCCCAGAGUAUUCUUCAGAAAGAGGUGGAGGUGAAUAUGAAAACUAAUGGUACAAGUAAUAAAGAUAUUGAACAAGAAAAUCUUCGGCCCACAGGGAAGGAAGUUAAUUACUCCCCUGUUGAAGAGUCUUCAGCAUCCAUACCAACACUUGACACAAAACUUCCUUCAAGACCUUUGAUCAAUGAAAGCAGUCCCCUGGAAUCUGUGCCAGUUACUUCACCUGAUGUGACUAAUCCCAAAAGAGAUCCCAAAAUGAAUGAAAAUGGGUUGUUGACAUCCACUAGUGCCAUUGCUACUGAACAUGCAAACUCCCAGACUGAUUUAAUUGAUCUAAGCUAUCUUGAGCCCGCUGUGCCUCCUCAAAGUGUCUUUCGCUCUGAGAGAUAUCCUCGAGAACAGGGAGAGUCAUUAAACAGAUUAACCAAGUCCGAUGAUCUUGGUUCACAGUUCCUUGUUACUCAUUCUCGUUCUGAUAUUGCACAGCAGGAUUCUGUGGAAGAAUCUGGUGAGAUUUUGCACAAUUUUGAGCCAACUCUUAAGAUUGAGCAAUCUGCCUCAAGCACUAAGCUUAACAAGCAUGGAAUUUCUGAUAAUGGACUUGCAAAAAACCAGAAUAAUUCUGCGGCAAUAAAGGCCCAGAUGAAUGACAAAGAGAAUGGAACAUAUAAUCAGGUUCCUAAGCCUGGCGACAAAAAAAGCUCCAUCAAAGGUAACACAAAUAGUUCUGCGCUUAGUGAAACAACAAGAGGUAAAAACCAUGAGGAUUCUGCAUGUAGCCUUCCAGAUUAUCCUUGGGGUGAUAAGUCGGAAAGCAAUAUCUCUUCCAACUACGCUCAGGGAAAUUCCCAACCUUCUGCUAAGACAGGAAUGUCAACUAGAAAUGUUUCAUGGGGGGAAACCUCUGUUAGUGUAUCCAGACCAGAGCGAGGAGAUAUAUCUAUUGAUAUAAAUGAUCGAUUUCCUCAUGAUUUCCUUUCUGAUAUAUUCUCAAAAGCCGUCAUAUCAGAGAAUUCUUCUGAUGUUACACUGCAGAAGGAUGGAGCUUUAAGCAUGAACAUAGCCAAUCAUGAGCCUAAACACUGGUCUUACUUCCAGAAACUGGCACACGAUGACUUUGUUCAAAAAGAUGUUUCUCUUAUUGACCAAGAUCAGAUUGAUUUUUCAUCUAGACUUUCUAAAGUAGAAGAAGAAUCAGAAGCUUAUAAAAUUACUCCAGUAGUAAGAGGUGGAAUUUCUUCAAACCAGAUGGAUUCCAAAACUGAUUCAAGUGAUCAGAGAGAUUUACCUGGUGCAAGCGAACUUUCCACCACAGCUUUGCAUUCUGACUAUAAUCCGUCCCUGGUGGAAGGUAAGGAUGCCAUGCAGUUCAAAGAAUCAUCUGAGAACAUAAGAAUACCAGAAUCUGACUAUGAGGGUGGAAUUAGGAGCUUCCCUUCUCUGGAUCCUUCUUUUAAUGAUUUUGAUAUUAGUUCUUUGCAGAUCAUAAAGAAUGAAGAUCUUGAGGAACUAAGGGAACUUGGUUCUGGCACAUUUGGAACAGUUUAUCAUGGGAAAUGGAGAGGAUCGGAUGUUGCCAUAAAGAGAAUAAAAAAGAGCUGCUUUGCAGGUCGAUCAUCAGAACAAGAGAGAUUGACCACAGAGUUUUGGAGGGAAGCUGAAAUUCUGUCAAAACUUCAUCAUCCGAACGUGGUCGCAUUUUAUGGUGUGGUACAAGAUGGACCUGGGGGUACAUUAGCUACUGUUGCUGAGUUCAUGGUUGAUGGUUCUCUUAGGCAUGUUUUGCUGCGCAAGGAUAGGCAUCUUGACCAUCGGAAGAAGCUCAUUAUUGCGAUGGACGCAGCCUUUGGAAUGGAGUAUUUACAUUCAAAAAACAUUGUGCACUUUGAUUUGAAAUGUGAUAACUUACUGGUGAACUUAAAAGAUCCUUCACGGCCUAUAUGCAAGGUUGCUGAUUUUGGCCUGUCCAAAAUCAAGCGUAACACCUUGGUUUCUGGUGGAGUUCGGGGAACAUUACCUUGGAUGGCCCCGGAGCUACUGAAUGGAAGUAGCAAUAAAGUUUCUGAGAAGGUUGACGUUUUCUCUUUUGGUAUUGUCUUGUGGGAGAUUCUCACUGGAGAAGAGCCUUAUGCAAACAUGCACUACGGUGCAAUUAUCGGAGGAAUUGUUAACAACACACUAAGACCAGCUACACCAAGCUCUUGUGAUUCUGAAUGGAAAAAGCUAAUGGAGCAAUGUUGGGCUCCUAACCCUAUGGUGAGGCCCACGUUCACCGAAAUUACAAAUCGCCUUCGUAUAAUGGCUGCAGCUUGCCAAACCAGAGCACAUGUUCACAAGGCAUCUAGCUAGCGGUUUAUGCAUAUAGUACUGUUAAAAGGUAAUGGUAUUUCUGGUAAAUGUAUUAUGUAUACAUUCACUUGUAUAUUAAUGGUAUAUUAACGGCUUGUUUACAUUACAUCGGUUACUGGGAUAAGAUUCAUAUCCCUAUGGUUUUCGUGAGAUGAAAGUGUCCAUUUCUUA